AUGGCAACCCAUACUCUUCCCGUCCGCCUCAACCCGGCCAAUGCCUCUUCUGAUGGCGAUUGGGUUGACGUGGAUGAUAGUCAGCACCGUCCAGAGGCAUCAGUUACGACCGAGUCAGAGUCAAUGACUGAGCGCAUACAGCGUGUUAGCUUUGAUGAGAAAAACCUCUCCAAAUUCUACAACAUCAAGUUCUCCCCCACUCGGUACCAUCGACUAAAGAAGUACUACACCGAGGAACUCGACAGCUUAUUCAAGGCCCCCUUCGAUACUUACAACCAGGAGGACAAGGUUGAUUUCCUCCUACUUCGUAACUAUCUCAGAAGAAACCUUCGUGGAUUGGAGCUGGACCGUCAGAGAGAUGAGGAUGUCCGCCCAAUUUUGCCUUUUACCCAGACCAUCAUCGACUUGGUCGAGGAUCGUCAGCGGCUGGUGCCAGUCGACAGCAAGCAGACGGCCGUGAUCUUGAACAACACCACCAAGAAGGUCUUCGAGGCAACCAAGGCCAUUCUAUCAAACGAAGUGAAGGCGAACGUUUCCACCUUCUCCAGGGCCAUAAGCACCAUCGACCAGCUCAGAGGUCACGUGGACGAGCUCUACGGCUUCUACUCACCCUACGACCCGUUAUUCCCAUGGUGGAACGAGGCACCCAAAAAGAGCUUCGAUGACGCCCUCACCGGCAUCAAGUCGGCACUGGAAGCCAAGCUGGACGAGAAAACUGGGCCCGGUUCCAUCCGUGCCGCGGUCGAGCCGAUCGGUCGGGACGGCCUUCUCAACGAGCUCGAAGCGGAAAUGAUUCCCUACACGCCAGAAGAGCUCCUAAAAUUAGCAAAAGAGCAGUACGAUUGGUGCGAAAAGGAAAUGAAAAAGGCUUCCCGCAGCCUCUCAAACGACAAAGUGGGCUCCAUUGGGCCGGAUGGCAAGGCAUCGGUUCUUAAAACUGGCGACUCCUCUUUGGGGUUCGGAGACAACUGGAAGGCUGCUCUUCAACAUGUCAAGGACACGUACGUCGAGCCCGGCCAGCAGCCGGAGCUCGUUCGACAACUCGCUCGCGAGGGCGAGGACUUCGUCACCAAACACGACCUCGUCACCGUCCCCAGCGUGGCCGCCGAAACAUGGCGCAUGUUCAUGAUCUCGGCUGAGCGCCAGAAGGAGUCUCCGUUCUUCCUCGGUGGCCCGUCGAUUAUGGUUUCUUAUCCCACCGCGGCCAUGGAUCACGACCUGAAGGUCAUGGUGAUGCGCGGCAACAACCCUCACUUCUCCCGCGCGACGGCGUUCCACGAGCUCAUCCCGGGUCACCGACUCCAGCUGUUCAUGGCUAAGCGUCACCACCCGUACCGUAAACUAUUCGAGACACCAUUCUUUGUCGAAGGGUGGGCCAUGUACUGGGAGUUCGUCUUUUGGAAUAGAGGCGACUUCUUCAUCUCGCCGGAAGACAAGAUCGGGACUCUGUUCUGGCGCAUGCAUCGAUGUGCCCGUAUCAUCUUCUCUCUGAAGUACCACCUGGGAGAGAUGACGCCGCAGGAAUGCGUCGAUUUGCUCGUUGACUGGGUCGGACACGAACGUUCCAACGCAGAGGGAGAGGUAACCAGGUCAUUCGGCGGCGAAUAUUCACCACUUUACCAAGCCGGCUACAUGUUGGGAGCAUUCCAGAUGUAUGGUCUGCGGGAGGAGGUGCUGAUGAAGGGACUGAUGGGCGAGAAGGAGCUUCACGACAAGAUUCUGCGAGCAAACACGAUGCCGAUCGAGCUGCUGCGGGCGUUGGUUCUAAACAAGCCCCUGAGCCCGGAUUACACUUCCAAGUGGAGGUUUUACGACUGA